GCUGCAGUGUCAGUGAGGAGUAAACAUGGCCACUUUAGCUGAUGUCGGCUGGAAGCUGCUGGAGUUUAAAGCCCGGUCCAAGCGCUCAGCGUUUCAGUAGAGUUAUAAUAUACUGUAGCUGAGCGAGAGAGAGAGAGGAUCACUGUAGCCUUCAUCUAACCAAACAUGGCCGCCACUGCCAGUGAGAAUUCCAGCCCGCGACACAAACUGGGCAGAUAUGGCUCCAUUUAUGAACCCCUUAAGCUGUCCAUCCUGCACCAUGAGGAUGAGCCACUGUGGGAGAAGCUGGAUCGCUCCUAUAAUGCAGUUAAAUCCACCAUCCUGAACUACCAGAGUCCCACCACUGGUCUGUUUCCAGUGAAGACCAGUUCGGACUGUAAGGAGGCUAAAGUCAGAGACUCUCUGUACUGUGCAGCGAGCUCCUGGGCUCUGGCCAUGGCCUACAGACGUAUUGAUGAUGACAUGGGCCGUACACAUGAGCUGGAACAUUCUGCCAUCAAGUGCAUGCGGGGCAUCCUCUACUGCUACAUGCGCCAGUCCGACACGGUGGAGCGCUUUAAGCAGGACCCGAGUCCGUACACGUGUCUGCACUCAGUGUUUAACGUCUACACAGGAGAUGAGAUUUACCCGUAUGAGAAGUACAGCCACCUGCAGAUUGAUGCCGUGUCUCUGUUCCUGCUCUACCUGGUGGAGAUGAUUUGUUCUGGGCUCCAGAUCAUCUACAACACUGAUGAGGUGUCGUUUAUCCAGAACCUGGUGUUCUGUGUGGAGAGGGCGUAUCGAGUGCCGGACUUUGGGAUGUGGGAGAGAGGCAGUAAAUACAACAACGGCAGCACCGAGCUCCACUCCAGUUCUGUCGGAUUGGCGAAAGCCGCACUCGAGGCCAUCAAUGGAUUUAACCUGUUUGGGAAUCAGGGAUGCUCCUGGUCGGUGAUAUUUGUGGAUUUGGACGCUCACAACCGUAACAGGCAGACCCUCUCCUCCCUGCUCCCCAGAGAGAGCCGAUCACACAACACAGAUGCGGCGCUGUUGCCCUGUAUCAGCUACCCGGCCUUCGCCGUGGACGAUGACGCGCUCUACACCCAGACUCUGGACAAGAUCGUCCGGAAGCUGCGUGGGAAAUACGGCUUCAAGCGCUUCUUGCGGGACGGCUACAGAACCGCCAACGAGGACAAGAACCGCAGAUACUACAGACCAGCCGAGAUGAAGCUGUUUGAUGGUAUCGAGUGCGAGUUUCCCAUUUUCUUCAUCUACAUGAUGAUAGACGGCGUAUUCAGGGGAAAUCAAGCUCAGGUGAAGGAGUAUCAAGAUCUGCUGCAGGCUGUUAUAUUUCAGACCUAUGAUGGUCAUGCCGUCAUCCCGAAGUAUUACCAUGUGCCGGCGGACUUUGUGGAGGCGGAGCAGAAGAAGCACGGCAGUCAGAAACGGUUCCCCAGCAACUCGGGCCAAGACGGGAUGCUGUUCCUCUGGGGUCAGGCUCUGUACAACAUCGCAAAGCUGCUGGUGGAUGGCUUGAUCAGCCCUAAAGACAUCGACCCCAUAAACCGUUACGUCCAGAGGCAGGACCAGAGAAAUGUGAGCAUGAGAUACUCCAAUCAGGGUCCCAUCGAGAACGACGUGGUGAUCCAUGUGGCGCUCAUCGCCGAGAGUCAGAGGCUGCAGGUUUUCCUGAACACCUACGGCAUCCAGACCCAGACCCCCCAGCAGGUGGAGCCCAUUCAGAUCUGGCCCCAGAAGGAGCUGGUGAAGGCAUACCGCUUCCUCGCAGUCAAUAAGAAGCUGGGCCUUAGUGGGCGUCCAGAUAGGCCAGUGGGCUGCAUUGGAACUUGUAAGAUUUAUCGGAUCCUGGGGAAGACGGUGGUGUGUUACCCGAUUGUCUUUGAUCUCAGUGACUUCUACCUGUCUCAGGACGUCAUGCUGCUGAUCGAUGACAUCAAGAACGCCCUGCAGUUUAUUAAGCAGUGCUGGAAGAUGCCCGGCCGGCCUCUGUUCCUAGUCCUUAUCCGGGAGGAUAACAUAAAGGGGAGCCGUUUUAACCCCGUGUUGGACAUGCUGGCCUCGUUUAAGAAGGGCAACAUCGGAGGGGUAAAGGUCCACGUGGACAGACUGCAGACCCUGAUCUCUGGAGCCGUGGUGGAACAGCUGGAUUUCCUCCGUGUCAACGAGGCCGAGAUCCCAGAGUUUAAGAGCUUUGAGGAGCUGGAGAUGCCGAAGCACUCGAAGGUGAAGCGUCAGACGAGCACGCCCAACGCCUCGGACCUGGAGCAGCAGCCCGAGAUCAACAUCCAGGAGUGGUACCACAAACCCACACAUGAGAUCAUGCAGAAAUUCAACGACUGUGAUUGCCUCGCCAGUCAGGCUCAGCUGGCCAGUGUUCUCCUGAAGAAGGAGGGUCCGGACUUCUUCAGCAGAGACGAGAAUCUGAAGGAUGAGUUGGAGCGGAUCUAUAGACGAGCAGGCAGCAGGAAGCUUUGGUCCGUUGUGCGUCUUGCUGCCAGUCUCUUAACUAAGCUAGUGGACAGCCUCGCUCCCAGUAUUACUAGCAUUUUAGUGCAUGGCAAGCAGGUGACUCUGGGUCUUUUUGGGCAUGAUGAGGAGGUGAUCUCCAACCCGCUGUCUCCGGGGGUCAUUAAGGACAUCAUCUACAGUAAGUGCAGCCCCCACGGCGAGCGCGAGGCCGUCCUGCAGCAGGAGCUGGUCAUCCACAUCGGCUGGAUCAUCUCCAACAACCCCGAGCUGUUCAGCGGCAUGCUGAAGAUCCGCAUCGGGUGGAUCGUCCAGGCUAUGAAGCAUGAGUUGGAGAUCCGUGCGGGGGACAUGCGUCCUCAGGACAUCUACCAAAUGUCCCCCAGUGACGUCAAACAGCUGCUGCUAGACGUGCUCCAGCCCCAGCAGACCGGCAGGUCCUGGCUGAAUCGAAGGCAGAUAGAUGGAUCUAUGAACCGAACGCCGUUGGGCUUUUAUGAUCGUGUGUGGCAGAUCCUGGAGAGAACUCGCAAUGGAAUCAAGGUGGCUGGCAAUCACCUGCCUCAGCAACCCACUCUGUCGGAUAUGACCAUGUACGAGAUGAACUUCUCUCUGCUGGUGGAGGACACGCUGAAGAACAUCGUGCUGCCGGAGUACAGGCAGAUUAUAGUGGAGCUGCUGAUGGUGGUGUCCAUCGUGCUGGAGAGAAACCCGGAGCUGGAGUUCCAGGAGACGGUGGAUCUGGACCGGCUGGUUAAAGAGGCUUUCACUGACUUCCAGAAAGAUCACGGCCGGCCAGAGAAAGCCGACAAACCGGAGGACAUGGAGGCGUUCUACAACACUCCAGCUCUGGGGAAGAAAGGCACCUCCAGCUACCUGACUAAAGCCGUGAUGAUCCAGCUGCUGCAGGGCGAGGUGAAGCCCAGCAAGGACGACCCCUGCUCCGUCAGCUAAACCACCCCCAUCUCAACCACUGCAGUCUCUCUCUACGCCUUCAGAACGCCCACCGCAGUACCUACCGGACCCUCACAGAACAGAACAGUCUUCAGCUAUUUUUAAACCCCCACAUUCUGCAUAUUACCAGCUUACACUCAUUUCUCUCAUACUGUACACUUUAUGGACAAAAGUAUUGGAACACCUGCUGAUUUAUUGAUUUUUCUAGUAUAUUAAAAAGAGUUUAUCCUGCUUUUGUUGGAGUACCUGUCUCUACUGUCCAGGGUAGAUUUGAUUGCAUUGUUUAAAAAAUAGCUCACGGAAUAAGAGCAUAAAAGUUAAUAUAAUACAGUACAAGAGCUUCUCAAAAAAAUUGAAUAUCAUUUGAAAAGUUACUUUAUUUCAGUAAUUCAGUUUAAAAUGUGAAACUCAUAUAUUAUAUCGAUGUAUUAAACACAGAGUGAUCUAUUUUAAGCUUUUGUUUAUUUUAUUGUUGAUGAUUAUGGCUUACAGCCAAUGGAAACCAUAAAAUCAGUGUCUCAGAAAAUUUGAAUAUUAUAUAAGACCAAUUGGUACUUUUGGCAGUGUGGGCAGUGUGCCAAGUCCUGCUGGAAAAUGAAAUCCGCAUCUCUAUAAAAGUUAUCAGUAGCAGAGGGAAGCAUGAAGUGCUGUAAGAUUUCCGGGGAAAACAAAACUGCACUGACUUUAAACACAGUGGACCAACACCAUGACUUGACUCUCCAAACCAUCACUGAUCAUCAGUAAAUUUUACAUUUUUUAAUUUUAGUUCAGUUUCUACAAUCAGUGAUGAUUUGGAGAGACAUGUCAUCUGCUGGUGUUGAUCCACUGUGUUUUAUUAUCAAGUCUAAAGUCAGUGCAGUUUUGUUUUCCCACAAAAUCUUACAGCACUUCAUGCUUCCCUCUGCUACUGACAACUUUUAUGGAGAUGUGGAUUUCAUUUUCCAGCAGGAUUUGGCACACUGCCCGCACUGCCAAAUAUACCAAUUGGUCUUGUAUAAUAUUUUAAUUUUCUGAGACACUGAUUUUUGGGUUUUUAUUGGCUGUAAGCUUCAUAAUCAUCAACAAUAAAAGGCUUAAAAUAGAUCACUCUGUGUUUAAUACAUCUAUUUAACAUAUGAGUUUCACAUUUUUUUAAACUGAAUUACUGAAAUAAAGUAACUUUUUAAUGAUAUAAUUUUUUUUAAUAUCAUUAAAAAAGUAUUAGGACAAGUGCUUAUACAUAAAAAAAAGUGUAUCCUACUUUUGUUGUUCUCUACUGCCCAGAAAAGACUUUAUUCUAGAUUGUUUGGAGCAUUGCUGUAAGGAUUUGAUUGCAUUCAGUGAAAUAAGGAAUAACAGUUUAUCUAUUAUUAUAUAUCUAAUAUAUACUCUAUAUGGACAAAAGUAUUGGGACACCUGCUAAUUUCUUGUUGUUGUUGUUUUUUGUAGCAUUUCCAGUAUAUUAAAAAUAGUUGAUCUUGUUUUUAUUGCAGUAACUGUCGCUACUGUUCAGAGAGACAGACUUUUUACUAGAUUUUUUUGUAGCAUUACUGUGAGGAUAUGAAUACUUGCAUUCAAUGAAAAAAUAGCUCACAAAAUAUGAGCGUAACAGUUAAACUAACAUAUCUAGUAUAUAAAUGAUAUGGACAAAAGUUUUGGGACAUCUGCUCGGUUAAUAAAACCAGUAAAGAUGUUCUACUAGAUUUUUUUAGCAUUGUUGUGAGGAUUUGGUUGCAUUCAGUAACGAUAGCUCGAGUUGUUAAGGUCAGCAUGUUGAUUGAUUGUUUUAUUGUGCUUAAGUAAAGGAAUUAAAGUUGAUUUAUUAUUUCUAAUAUUAUCUAUAUGGACAAAAAUAAUUAAAAUAUUAUGACUU